UCGGCAGCUGUUGGUAGAACUAAUUUUUAUCGAAAAGAUAAAAUUUGGCGGUAAGCUCGAGCUUUUCGUACAAAUUGCGCAGUGCUCUGUAUUAUUUAAAUAAAUUAAAUGCUUCAGAAGUGUAAAAUAUAAUCCUAAAGAUUUUAAAAAUAGAAUACAAAUAAAAAAAUGGCUAUCGGUGCAGGAAUGUCGUGUGUCAAGUACCUCUUAUUUUCCUUCAAUCUUUUGUUUGCGAUAACUGGUCUGAUAAUUCUGAUAGUGGGCGCAAAAUCAGAGAUCAAUGCCCAUCCUUAUGUGGACCUGACGGAUGAGAGCUUCUAUACAUCGGCACCUGUUAUCCUGAUUAUUGUCGGCCUGAUUGUGUUUGUGGUGGCCUUCUUUGGAUGCUGUGGUGCUGUCAAAGAGAACCACUGCAUGAUUGUAACAUUCUCGGUGUUCCUGCUUCUGAUCUUCAUCGCGGAGCUGGCGGUCGGCAUCGCCGGCUACGUGAAGCACACGGACCUGGAGACGUCGCUCAUGCGCUCGCUCAACGACUCGCUCAAGCACUACAACGACGACCCCGCCGUGCGGCAGAACUUCGACAUCAUCCAGACUGACCUGCAAUGCUGCGGCAUCAACGGCUACAAGGACUGGGAGAGCAACGGCAUCCCCAUCCCCAACACGUGCUGCGCCGGCCAGGAGGUGGUGGACAACAAGCUGUCCAACUGCACCGUCAGCUCCCCCACACUGCACCAGAAGGGCUGCCUCGACGAGAUCCUCGUGCACCUGAAGCCGCUGACCCUUCUGCUCGGCGGAGUCGGUGUGGGCAUCGCUUUUGUACAGUUGCUCGGUGUCAUAUUCGCGUGCUGUCUCGCUCGCUCCAUCCGCAGCCAAUACGAAACUGUCUAAAUCGAUUUGAACUCAUCCGUCUAUUUUUAAUUUCAUCUUUUUAGUUUAUCCACAGAAUAGAGAAUGAUACAGAAUGAGUCUUUAAAGCCGCGCAGCCGGAAACCCAUAAAAAACAAAUCACGCGUGAUGUUUGUAUUUUUCUGGUUUUCCGCAUAAUGUUUCUACUCUAUCUACUAUAAAGAAACUUUUUUUCAUAUAUAUCUAUCUAUCAUAAUUAAUUAUCAAAUUAAUAUCUUAAUAGACUAUUAAUCAACAACUAUCUAUAAAAAAUACUCAGUCUUAUUAUUUUUAGUUUUCGAACAUUUUUUUAAAUAUCAAAAAACAUAGACCCCAUUUUUCUUGACGCUUUGUGUCAUCAUGACUCGUGUAUGUAUUGUUUUUUAAGUAUUUAUUUGGAAUGGCUUAAUCACUGCCGUUUUCCGUGCGCUCUAUCUGCCUAUUAUUCUUUAAUCUGUGAGUUUAUCAUACAAUUUAUGUUAUACACAUUGGGCAAAUAUCGACUCAAGAGUAACAAAAAAUACCUUUUGAAAAAAAUUAUAACUAAUUUUGGUAAUGCGAAAAAAAAAGUGAUUAAAAAAAAAUGAUUAAAAAAAAAGUACGAUAUAAAAUUAAGACUUGAACUUUUAAAUCCUUUUGAAACUUAUUACUUUUUUAUAUUUAAACAAAUAUAAUUACAAGUUUUAAGUUAUUUUCACUUGAGUCGAUGUGUUUGUUCUUCUGUAGUUAAGUGAAAGUGGAGAUAUUUUGUUAUAUUUUUUUAGUUGUCACAUUUUUUUUUCCAUUCUUACAGUAAGUUAAUGUUAAUUUAAAAUUAAUUAUACAUGUCGAUAUAUUGAAACAUUUCUUACAUUUACAAAUUAAUUGUCGUAUUUACUAUUAUAGAUUUUCUCUUAUUGUAGUUAUACAUUUCAUCCAUACAUUUAGCGUGAGGUAAGCUUGCCAACUGCCCGGAUUUCUAGAAACUAUCAAAAUUAACCGACUACCUUCAAAUUUGAGUGCCUCUAUCGUGUUCCUCAACUUCUUUCUCCGACAAAUGCAACUUGUUUCCUAAAAUCAUUAAGAGCGCGCAGCGCGUCGGUACGAUAUGGAUAAAAUCGAACGAAGCGCAAACGAGACGCCGAAUUAUGACUUUCACGUGAGUGAAGAGCACGGAGCGAUUGACGCGCGACGCAAAUUUUAUGACGUGAGCGCCAAAACCAUUUUUACCUAAUUGCAAGUAAAUUAAACAACAUUACGAAAAACAAAAUGGCCAUGUUCAAGAUAUAUACCUAAUUUUCUAUACAAAACAAAAAUUUAAGAUAAUAAGUUUGCUUUUCCUGAGAUUGAAAGCAAAAUGUGAGCAAAACAUGUAUUUAUCAAAAAAAAAAAUAAACUAUCGAGAAAAGUUUUACAAAUUGUGUAUUUUGUAUAGUCAUAACGUAGCUAACACUUUGAAAUAUCAUUUACCCAAAUAUCAGGCUCCUAACUUUUCCAGAAUCUGAGAUCCAGAACCAUUUGUAACCACCAAAUUACAUAUUGCACACUCUUUAUUUACCCUUUUUCGUACAGAGUAAAAAACGAAUCUAAAAUAUAUUUAAAGAAAGAAAUGUAAACAAAAGUUUCACCAAUACCAAGUAAAUUAUAUGGGAAUAUUAAAAAGUGCUAAUUUGAAUGAACUAUUCUUUAACAUUACAAUAUAACUUGGUCCGGAACGUUGGCAACACUUGUAGAAAAGUAAAGUCACAAGAUGAUGUGCUCAGCCUAGAAGACUGAUUUUUCGAAUAGAAUGGUUGCAAAAAUGCCAAAAUCAUACAAACACAUGCACUUUUCAUAUUAAAUUCAUUCAUGUCAGCCACUGACGAUCAAGUAAUAUCACAUUCCUGCAGCGCUAACGGCUUGACUAUCUAUAAAACUGAUCUGAUUUAUCAGACUGCUUGAUUGACUGAUAGAUCAGUUUAUUGGACAUUAGCGCUGCAGGCAUGUGAGAUUACUUGAUCGUCGAUGGCUGACAUUAUAUAGUUUAGAAUAAUGUCAAAUAUAUUUAUAUUCGUCUAUUUAUGUAGGAAUGACUCACGUUUGUCUCUAUAAUAUUUGAUAAAGUACAUUGUAGUAUUAGUUAAAAGUGAUUAUCUUCAAAAACAAAUAAAUUUUCAACUGUGUGUAUCUUUAUAUUGCCGCAUACAAAUCGGGCCACCAAAAAACAUAUGUAAAGUUCUUUUCAUGAAAGAAGUCCCCCAGACGCGGCGCUAAUGUCAUUUGUGUAAAGCGCUGUCAAUUUUAGUUUUAGUCGCGGGACUUUUUUCAUGUAACGGACUCAAUGUUAAGUAUCAGUUAGUCCUACCGUUGGUUUUGUCACUUUCAAAAACUUGUGAAUAAGCUAUCCGACGUUAAGGGUGUUGAAACAGACGAAUUAAAUUUAUUGUUUAUGUGGUGAAACUGGCCAUAUUACAUACUCUUGAUUCUGGAUAAAGAUGCCAUUAUAUUAUUGUUGAAAAAUGAAAAUAUUGCAAAAAAAAAAAUGGAACUAAGUCUUCCAUUUCCUCGAUUAGCAUGAUUUUUAUAUUUUAGUCAGGUUAAAAUCGAUACACUAAACGGUCCUAGCAUACUUUUAUUUGUAACAUAACUUUAUAAGACUAGUGUGGGCCUUCAAUUUUAAUUGUACAGUUUUAUCUAAACAAGUUCUCAGUUCAAAACUGAGAGUCUGUAGCCCGCAUUAGAAACGAAACCGCAGAAGUGCGGUGUAUGCAUACGUUUAUGUAAAGCCCAAUAAGUAUGCAACAAACUCUCAAAAUAUGUUUAAAGCAUAAUAACAUCUUCAUUUAUAACCCGAUAAGUAUGUGGCAAACAAUCUAUUGUUUUAGUAUAAUAGUAUAGUAUUUUACUAAAUGUUUCUUGUAGUAUUUAUUUACAUUUAUAAUAAAUCUGUAUAUUAUGGUGA